CACACAAAAUAACAAACAAGCACCACGUUCCUUCGAUUUCUCUCAUAUACUCUCUGUUUCUCUCCCCCCUUAAACCUAAAUACACUCCCCACGAACGACCCUUUUGUUUCUCUCUCUUCAAAAACCUUGCACGCGAUGAAGAACAGAGGGAGGAACAAGUUGUUCAGCUGUUUCAGACAGGUCGCCGACGAUGACAGUUCUGUGAAACGGAACGGUCACGGCGGGUCAGAUGAUCAGGUUCUGAAUUACAUAGUGAUCGGAGGAGGAGGGAACAAAGGGAGUGUGUUGGUUCCGAAGGUUUGGAAUUCUAUGUGUGAAGAGAAGUCGGAGGAAUCGUUGGAUGGAGAUGUCGCCGGUGCCGGAAAGAGAAGUACGAAGAAAAGGCUUCACCGGAGUUUCUCUCGUGUUCUUAAAGCCGUUCUGUUUGACACGUCUUUGGCAAUGGAGAUUCGCAACAGAAAGUCUAGGAAAAACCUAUUUGGAAUCAAAAGUAACCAAUCUUCAAAAAGGGAAAAGAUAUCAAACUCAAUAAAGGAAAAACCAACCUCGAAACAAUCCUCAGAUGUCAAUGAUUUGCUUAGAAUGGAUUCAAGCUCUUCGUCUUUGGAGUUUUCAUCAUCGACAAUAACUUCAUCUUCAUUCUCCUCCUCGUGUACUUCUUCUUCCAUAACUUCAAAUUCAAGGUCUUUCAUAGCAAAUUCGAUGGAUAUAAAACAAGGGUACAAACAGACAUCAACCAUUACGAAGAAAACACGUGAUUGUGGUCAUUAUUUUAGUUCAAACAUUGGACUGUGUUUGAUACUUGUAUGUUUGCUGGUUUUGAUUUUCUGGGGAAGGACAUGUGCUAUACUUUGUACGUCGACGUGGCUUUUCUUUGCUCGUCGGGGGAUCAACGGAAUUGUUUCACCGGAAAAAGAAAUUGACUGGGAGGAGCAUAAGAAGAGGGUCAUCAUGGAAGGACUUUUGGAGAGGAAUCGUAGUCGGGUUCUAUAACCCAAACACGGGUUAAAAUUCUCUCCAGUAUCAUUUUCCCUUCAAAAACGAUCACAUACAAAUUGAUCAAAAUCAAAUGAAUUCUCCUCGCAUAAAUGAUU